AUGGAGGAAGCGUCGAGUAGAGCCGGAUCCUCCGGGGACGGAUUUCCUCCCCAGCUCAGCCCCCUACAGCUUGCUGGGGCCUGCUCCGAGCGCCUGCAAGGUGGAAGAGGCCUUCGCCUCGGCCUGGCAGCGGCAGCCAGCGAACUAGGCGGCCACAGCAGGGUAACAGGCGAGCCGCAGCCGCUCUCGGGAACCUUCGCCGCCACGACCGCUCAUUGUCUCUCCCCUUCCACCCGGGGGGCAAACAGGAAGCGCGCCGCCUGGCCAAGUGACGGACGGGCAUCCGGGCCAAUGAGCACUGCCUACGAAGAGCGUGUCAAUCAAAAUAGGAAAAAAAAUCCCCGGACCGCUCCGGCCGUGUCCGCCGCCGCUUCCCGCAUCCUCUCCCGCCGCCGCCGCCUUCGCUCCUCACCAUGUUAUGACCGGUACGUAAAGCCGAGAGAGAGCAACCCCUGCUGCUGCCGCCGCCGCCGCUACCGCCGACCACAGCCAGCCGGGGGCCACCGCCGCCGGCUCCCGGCCCCCUGUGUGCGACCGAGUGUCUGUGAGAGGCAGAAAGCCGCACUCCCCUCCGCCUCCCUCCCUUCCCCGCCAGCUACCGUCCACCCCUCAAGCCCCAGCAACGCAGUGUCCCCGCCGGGCCCGGGACUGGCGGCCCGGGCCGCCGGGAGCGCAUCCCCCUGUGUGCGGGCGCGGGCGGCGGGCGAGCGUGCACAUAAUAAACUCCCAAUAAGAGUUAGAUGUUAUUAUCAUUUUGGCGGCGGCCACGGCGAGUAUCUGCAGCAGCAGCAGCACGGAAACGGCGCGGUGGUGGCGGCGGCGGCCCAGGACACUCAGCCGUCACCGCUCGCUCUGCUGGCCGCUACCUGCAGCAAGAUAGGGCCACCAUCGCCGGGCGACGACGAGGAGGAGGCGGCCGCCGCAGCCGGGGCCCCCGCCGCCGCCGGAGCGACAGGUGAUUUGUCUUCUGCACAGUUAGGAGGAGCACCAAACCGAUGGGAGGUUUUGUCAGCCACACCUACAACUAUAAAAGAUGAAGCUGGUAAUCUAGUACAGAUUCCAAGUGCUGCUACUUCCAGUGGGCAGUAUGUCCUUCCCCUUCAGAAUUUGCAGAAUCAGCAAAUAUUUUCAGUUGCACCAGGAUCAGAUUCAUCAAAUGGUACAGUGUCCAAUGUUCAGUAUCAAGUAAUACCACAGAUUCAGUCAUCAGAUGGUCAGCAGGUUCAGAUUGGUUUCACAGGCUCUUCAGAUAAUGGGGGUAUAAAUCAAGAAAGUGGUCAAAUUCAGAUCAUUCCUGGCUCUAAUCAAACCUUGCUUGCCUCUGGAACACCUCCUGCUAAUAUCCAGAAUCUCAUACCACAGACUGGUCAAGUCCAGGUUCAGGGAGUUGCAAUUGGUGGUUCAUCUUUUCCUGGCCAAACCCAAGUAGUUGCUAAUGUGCCUCUUGGUCUUCCAGGAAAUAUUACCUUUGUACCAAUCAAUAGUGUCGAUCUAGAUUCUUUGGGACUCUCGGGCAGUUCUCAGACAAUGACCGCAGGCAUUAAUGCUGAUGGACAUUUGAUAAACACAGGACAAGCUAUGGAUAGUUCAGACAAUUCAGAAAGGACUGGUGAGCGGGUUUCUCCUGAUAUUAAUGAAACUAAUACUGAUACAGAUUUAUUUGUGCCAACAUCCUCUUCAUCACAGUUGCCUGUUACUAUAGAUAGUACAGGUAUAUUACAACAAAAUACAAAUAGCUUGACUACUACUAGUGGGCAAGUCCAUUCUUCAGAUCUUCAGGGAAAUUAUAUCCAGUCGCCUGUUUCUGAAGAGACACAGGCUCAGAAUAUUCAGGUUUCUACAGCACAGCCUGUUGUACAACAUCUGCAACUUCAAGAGUCUCAGCAGCCAACCAGUCAAGCCCAAAUUGUGCAAGGUAUUACACCACAGACAAUCCAUGGUGUGCAAGCCAGUGGUCAGAACAUAUCACAACAGGCUUUGCAAAAUCUUCAGUUGCAGCUGAAUCCUGGAACCUUUUUAAUUCAGGCACAGACAGUGACCCCUUCUGGACAGAUAACUUGGCAAACAUUUCAAGUACAAGGGGUUCAGAACUUGCAGAAUUUGCAAAUACAGAAUACUGCUGCCCAACAAAUAACUUUGACGCCUGUUCAGACACUCACGCUUGGUCAAGUUGCAGCAGGUGGAGCCUUGACUUCAACUCCAGUUAGUCUAAGCACUGGUCAGUUGCCAAAUCUACAGACAGUUACAGUAAACUCUAUAGAUUCUACUGGUAUACAACUACACCCGGGAGAGAAUGCUGACAGUCCUGCAGAUAUUAGGAUCAAGGAAGAAGAACCUGAUCCUGAAGAGUGGCAGCUCAGUGGUGAUUCUACAUUGAAUACCAAUGAUCUAACACACUUAAGAGUACAGGUGGUAGAUGAAGAAGGGGACCAACAACAUCAAGAAGGAAAAAGACUUCGAAGGGUAGCUUGCACCUGUCCCAACUGUAAAGAAGGUGGUGGGAGAGGUACCAAUCUUGGGAAAAAGAAGCAACACAUUUGUCAUAUACCAGGAUGUGGUAAAGUCUAUGGGAAGACCUCACAUCUGAGAGCUCAUCUGCGUUGGCAUUCUGGGGAGCGCCCUUUUAUUUGUAACUGGAUGUUCUGUGGUAAAAGAUUUACUCGAAGUGAUGAAUUACAGAGGCACAGAAGAACACAUACAGGUGAGAAGAAAUUUGUUUGUCCAGAAUGUUCAAAACGCUUUAUGAGAAGUGAUCACCUUGCCAAACAUAUUAAAACACAUCAGAAUAAAAAAGGUAUUCACUCUAGCAGUACAGUGCUGGCAUCUGUGGAAGCUGCACGAGAUGAUACUUUGAUUACUGCAGGAGGAACAACACUUAUCCUUGCAAAUAUUCAACAAGGUUCUGUUUCAGGGAUAGGAACUGUUAAUACUUCCACCACCAGCAAUCAAGAUAUCCUUACCAACACUGAAAUACCUUUACAGCUUGUCACAGUUUCUGGAAAUGAGACAAUGGAGUAAAUAUUACACAAAUACUUAUUCAUUGUGGUUAUUUUUAUACAGUAGUGAGAAGAACAUUGUUCCUAAGUUCUUAGAUAUCUUUUUAUUGAUGUGCAAAAAUUUUUGGAUUGACAGUAACUUGGUUAUACAUGACACUGAAAUGCCUUACUUUGUAUGAUAUUCCAUAGUAUAUUAAAAAUGGUAAAAUUGCAUGGGUUUUGUAGGUACUUUUGGAAUCUAGAAGAAAUGAAAUUUUACCAAGUUAUAUAAAGAGAAAAUUGAAUUUAACAAUGCGAAUGGUAGUCUAACCAAAUGCAUCAAUCCUGUGUGGUUUAGUGUAAAAAUGAGAACAUGUUGGUAUUUAUCUAUUGUAAGA